AUGAUAGAAUCUGCACGGUUAGCUUACAUAAAGACACAACAACCCAAACUUAGAAGUCAAACAUUUAAGAAUUUAAAUCAAAGUGGCCAAAGCGAUGCGUCAAAUUAUGGAAAACGAAUUUUGUUGCCAUCUUCAUUUACCGGUGGAGCGAGAUAUAUGAUGCAAAAGUAUCUAGAUGCUAUGGCAAUCUGCAAAGCUGUAGGAUAUCCGGAUCUCUUCAUAACAGUCACUUGUAAUCCCAAUUGGCCUGAGAUUUAUAGAUGUUUAAAAGACAAAUGGUUGAACCCUCAAGAUAGACCAGAUAUUAUCGCAUGGUUAUUCAAAAUUAAAAUCAAUCAUCUAAUUCAAGAUUUCAAGAAACAUAAAUUCUUUGGUGGGAUACAAGCAAUUAUUUAUACAAUCGAAUUUCAGAAACGUGGUCUCCCUCAUGCUCAUAUAUGUUUGUUCUUAAGUGCCGAGAGCAAGUUUCCAACGGCUAAAGAAAUCGAUUUGGUUAUUAGUGCUGAAAUACCUGACAAAGAGAUGGAUGCUGAACUAUAUGAACUUGUCAAACAAUUUAUGAUCCAUGGUCCUUGUGGUACAGACAAUCCUCAUUGUCCAUGCAUGGUUAAUUUAAAAUGUUCGAAGAAGUUUCCGAAAAAAUAUGUAGAUAAGACUUGUGUUGAUUCUGAAGGAUAUCCUGUCUACCGUCGUCGUCAAUCAUGCAACACAGUAGAAAAAAAUGGCGUGUUGAUUGACAAUAGGUUUGUAGUUCCGUACAAUGCUAUGCUACUCAAAAAGUAUCAGUGCCACAUAAAUGUUGAGUGGUGUAACCAAACAGGAUCCAUCAAAUAUCUGUUCAAAUACAUUAAUAAGGGUCCGGAUAGAGUUACAGCUUCUGUUUACGAAAGUACCACCACUGCUAAUGUGAACCCUCAAAACGAGGAAAUGACAAAUAAUGAAAAUCUGUCAAACAAAACAGAAGUAGAUAAAGUUAAAGCAUAUCUUGAUUGUAGAUAUAUUUCAGCGUGUGAAGCUGCUUGGAGAAUCUUUAAGUUUGACAUACACUAUGGAUUUCCAUCUGUUGAAAUAUUACCUUUUCACUGUGAAGAUGGUCAGGCUAUUGUUUAUGACGAUAAUUCAAACUUGUGUGACGUGGUCAGUAACCCAACUGUGAAAAUGUCUAUGUUCACAGAAUGGAUGAAAUGUAAUCAAACGGAUGCAUUUGCUAGAACGUUGAAGUAUAUAAAGUUCUCCAGAUACUUUGUAUGGAUACGCAAAGCACGAAGGUGGGUACGUAGAAAAAAACCUUUUGGUGCAGUUGUUGAUGGAAAAAUAUAUGAUACCUUUAAAGAUGCAUGUUUCGCUCGCGGUCUGUUGGACGAUGAUAAGGAGUAUUUAAUGGCCAUUAAUGAAGCAAGUACAUGGGCCACUUCUGAUUUCUUGCGUACAUUUUUUGUAAUGCUGUUGAUGUCAAACUCCAUUUCUAGGCCGGAUUUGGUUCUUCCAAAGGAAGAGAUUGAAAACAUUUGCUUAUCACAUAUCGAAAAACUGUUACUUGGUUAUGGAAGUACGUUAAGCAACUUUUCUGACAUGCCAAAUGUUCCUGACAACUACAUUUCAGCAUUGAACAAUCAAUUGAUAAUGAAGGAACUUUCGUAUGAUCGGGCUAUCUUAAAAAGGAACUUGUAG